GCGUACCCGCCCCUUCCCCGCCGAGCGCUGCACUCCUCUCUACACUAUCGCACAAGCGGAAGCACACGACAGAAAGUCAAGAUGGGACGCGGUGCCGGAAAAGGUGGGAGGGAUGCUACGCCAUGGAUGGCAGGAGACAAGCAGCGGUUUAAGGGCUUCAGCAGCAGCCCCGACCGGCCUGUAUCCUUCUCCCUCGAGGAGGUGCAAAAGCACAGGACCCCCUCAGACGCCUGGAUGAUCUACAGGAACAAGGUGUACGACGUCAGCGGGUGGCACGAGCACCCGGGAGGAAACGUUAUCUUCACGCAUGCCGGGGACGACUUCACGGACAUCUUCGCCGCCUUCCACCCUCCGACGGCCUACGCCGUACUGGAGCCCUUCUACAUCGGGGACCUCGACGAGAAGAGCGCCGUGGCCAAGCCGGCCGCCCAGAGAGCGUUUGAGCGAUCGUACCGGGAGCUCAGGAGCAAGCUCCUCACGAUGGGCAUGUACAACUCGGACCCGUGGUACUACGUGAUGGUGUGCUCGCGCCAGAUGGCGUUGUGGGCGGCGUCGGUGGCGUGCGUGGUGUGGUCGGACCGGUGGGACGUGAACAUGCUGGGUGCCUUCCUCAUGGCGGUGUUUUGGCAGCAGUGCGGGUGGCUGGCUCACGACUUCCUCCACCACCAGGUGUUCAAGAACCGCGCUUACGGCGACCUCGCCGGAGUGUUCUGGGGCAACCUGAUGCAGGGCUUCAGCGUGGGGUGGUGGAAGAACAAACACAACACGCACCACGCCGUGCCUAACCUGCACGAAUCGAGCGCGGAUGCCCACGACGGCGACCCUGACAUGGACACGAUGCCCGUGCUGGCGUGGUCGAUCAAGAUGGCCGAGGCGGCUAAGGACACAACGGUCUCCCGGUUCCUCAUUGGGCACCAGGCGUUCCUGUACUUCCCGAUCCUUCUGAUCGCUCGCGUUAGCUGGGUGAUGCAGUCGUUCUCGUUUGUGUUCAACGGCCUUCCCGGCGCCAAGCUGUGGACGACCAAGGGCGCCGACACCUUCGUCCCGAAGUCGCUCGCCAGCAAGCUCGAGAGCCCCGCUCUGCUCGGGCACAUCUUGUGGAUGUCGUACCUCGCGUUCAACCUGGGUUUCGUGAAGUCGCUGGCGUUUUUCGCCGUGGCCCAGUGCGGCUGCGGCCUCUUCCUCGCCCUCGUGUUCGGCCUCGGGCACAACGGCAUGGCCACGUACGACGCUGACGCGCGACCGGACUUCUGGAAGCUUCAGGUGACCACCACCCGCAACGUGACGAGCACGCCGUUCGUGGACUGGUUCUGCGGUGGUCUCCAGUACCAGGUGGACCACCACCUCUUCCCGCAGAUCCCGCGGCACAACCUCCGCAAGGUGCACACCCUGGUAGAAUCGUUCUGCAAGCAGCACGACGUGCACUACCACGAAGCGAGCAUGUGGGAAGGAACGAAGGAGGUUCUUUCUCAUCUGUCGGACGUUUCGGCAGAGUUCAUCGCGGAAUUCCCCGCGAUGUAAAAAACGCCUCUUUCUCUCUCUCGUCUCGGGGAAGCAAAGCAGCAGCAGCAGCAGCAGCAGCAGCAGCAGCAGCAGCAGCAGCGUUGUUUUUUGGUUUUUGAUUUUUGCGAUAUGACAGUGGUUUGCGGCGCACAACAGAACGCCCCUCCUCCGCUUCUGCCGAAAGUCCCGAUGACGAUAUCUAUACCUACGUCGCAGUUCAAGGCCAUCUACAUUAACGCACUCGCUUUUUUUUACGCCAUCAAGGAGGAAGGAGGAACUCACUGUGUGUGUGUGUGAGGGCUCAUGUUACAUAGCAACUGUUGUGGAGGGGGAAGUGAGCGUCGGCGUUAGGCCGGGUAGUGGAGGGUCGUAGUCUUGGAGGCCAAGUCACGACCGAUGUUGCGUGUUCCUCUUUGUGUGGACGUUGGUUGGAGGGCCAAGCUUUUAAACCUUGAUGUGGUGGGACAGGUCGGUUUGACGUGACGGCGCUUUUGAGCGGAGAGAAUGGGGUUUGGGGGGCGACGACGACAGGAGUGGCCGUGAGGAUGAUGUCACGCACAGCCCGCUCCCGAAGACGAUUAGGUUCAGUAAGCUGUACGGCUGUGUACGAAGACAAACCGUCGCGUGUUGAUUCGUUAUUACAAGCUGUCCUUGUGCUUGUUCCAUGGCCGGUUUCACUGCCUUGAGGGGUUCGAGACGGUGUGGAGUAUGCGGGGGGUGGGGAUGUUGUACGUCCGCCCCCCCCCUAGGGAUGGCCUGAUUUCCACCGUGUUACGAGAAGGCUUUUCUUGUUUUGUCUUGUGUGGGGAGCUGGUUUUCUAUCGCGCAUACCGCACCGUGUAAACCUGUUUUGACUAUGACUUAGUCGUCAUCAUGUGUACCGCGUCUUGUUUUUUGUGUACAUGCGGGAGGCGGUUGACGUGGCGGGGUAUCUCCGCGUUGUGUGAGAACAGAACUAAUUGACGUGCUGUUCGAAGUGCCGGGGAACGUUUCUAUGUCUUUUAAUUUGUCACAAAAGAGAAACAUGAGCAGUGCGAGUGGAAUUUGGGGGGUUGGGGGGUCCGUGUUUGCAUGUUGUAGUCAGAAAAUCGAAAAACUUGUGGUACACGGCGUUGACGCUGUGCUGCAGCUCUUAUUCCGCUCUAAACGCUCGGAGGUUUUUGUCUCGAAAAAAAAUCGAUAAGAGAGGGAAAGGGAAAACGGUGGCGGCCUAUCUCAAUUCACUUAAAUCGGGAGCGUCUAUGUAGGAUCUUAUUGUCUAUGUAGGAUCUUAUUGGAGAGAAGCCACGAGCUUACGACGAU